GACCAGAAGAGUGAGCGCAGCAGGAAUCACAUUUGGCAACGAUGUCAGUGGAACUGGAGACUUCAGAGGGGGUGGAUGAGUCAGAGAAAAAGAGCUCUGGGGCCCCAGAAAAAGAAAACCACACCAGUGGUACAGACCUAGGUCCUGGCUCCAACUGCCUCGGCCCGGCUCAUUCUGAUCCUACACCUGGGCCCAGCCACUUGUAGUCCUGAAGAGGCAGUGGGUCCAAGGAGGGAAGAAGGCAGCAAGGCUGCCUUGGGACAUCCACAGUCAGUCCAUCACAGCAGCCUGGAUUCCGUGAGACACGUUCCCAAAGGCUAGCUGCUGCCUGGAGAAGCCAGCAGACAUUGUGGUGGGAUUAGAGGAUGGCUGAUCUCUCCGAGCUCUUGAAGGAAGGGACCAAGGAAGCACAUGAUCGGGCAGAAAACACCCAGUUUGUCAAGGACUUCUUGAAAGGCAACAUCAGGAAGGAGCUGUUUAAGCUGGCCACUACUGCACUUUACUUCACAUAUUCAGCCCUCGAGGAGGAAAUGGAGCGCAACAAGGACCACCCAGCCUUUGCCCCCUUGUACUUCCCCACGGAGCUACACCGGAAGGAGGCACUGACCAAGGACAUGGAGUAUUUCUUUGGUGAGGACUGGGAGGAGAAGGUGCAGUGCUCUGGGGCUGCCCAAAAGUACGUGGAGCGGAUCCACUACGUGGGGCAGAAUGAACCGGAGCUGCUGGUGGCCCAUGCCUACACUCGCUACAUGGGGGACCUCUCAGGGGGCCAGGUGCUGAAGAAGGUGGCCCAGCGGGCCCUGAAACUCCCCAGCACGGGAGAAGGGACCCAGUUCUAUCUGUUUGAGAAUGUGGACAAUGCACAACAGUUCAAGCAGUUGUACCGGGCCAGGAUGAAUGCCUUGGACCUGAACCUGAAGACCAAAGAGAGGAUUGUGGAGGAGGCCAACAGGGCCUUUGAGUACAACAUGCAGAUAUUCAAUGAACUGGACCAGGCUGGCUCCUUGUUGGCCAAAGAGACCCUGGAGGAUGGGCUCCCCAUGCACGAUGGGAAAGGAGAUGUGCGUAAAUGCCCCUACUAUGCUGCUAAACCAGACAGAGGUGCCCUGGAGGGCAGCAGCUGCCCCUUCCGAACAGCCCUGGCUGUGCUGAGUAAGCCCAGCCUGCAGUUCAUUCUGGCCGCUGGUGUGGCCCUGGUUGCUGGCCUCCUGGCCUGGUACUACAUGUGAAGGACCCAUCAUACCACAUUGGCGCCCUCCUCCCGAGUGACCACUGGCCCGCCCCCACCUCCACCGGUGAUUAAACUACCACUUCAGGUGACUUUUUUUUUAAAUGCUGGUUUUGAGAAAACAAGCAACCAAUAAAGGCCAGACGCUAAAGCCUCUGCCUGUAGCGUCCUCUCUGUGGGCUAGAUGCUGAGCUGGCUGUAGGCCCACCAUUCCUGCAGCCAUUAGGCCAUGGUACCGGGAGCAGCCAGUGCAGCUCCGUGGGCCUGCCUGGGCUCUGGAACCAGCUCUGCUCCUGGGGCAUCCACACUGCUCACCCUGAGGCUCCUUCCCUUCAUUCUUCCUUGUGUUGGCAUUUAGGUGGGUACCUUUCCCCUGAUGGGAACAGAGCAGCCAGCAAGCCCAGGCUCCUGUAGCUCUGUGGGAGGGAGGGGGGCCUCUCCUUGGGGAGAAAGGGUGGCUUGCACCUGCCUCAGAGGCCUGGAAAGCUCUGUCCUGAGCAGCCAAUCCUCAUCCCUCUCAAGCAGAAACCCCGAAAAUGGGGGUUUAGCCGUGGCCUAUCUCCUCCCUUGACCUAUGUAAAUGCUACAGCACUCAAUAAAGUGGACUCUGACAGCUGUC